CUAGACGCGGAUUACUCUCGGCUGGAGUUGGGGAGCGCGUAUCCUCCGAGCGGUUGUUAUGAUUAACGUCGAGGGGCAGUUGAACAUUGGAGCACGUUUGCAGGGACACGGAUGAUGCUCCUCUGUUGGUUUUGAGGUUCUGAGCUGUGUGCGCGCGCACACGGAUCAGUUUUGGAGUCGCCAGCCGCGCGCGUCAGCUUGGACCCAAAGACACUCGUGCCGAUAGACGUGUGGUAGCAUCAUUCGCUGAAGUUCAACUUUCACAGUUGAUGAAUUCCGUGCUGUUGGAUUGUAAAAAGCUGCGAACUUCGUAUGUUCUGUGCCUCUGGUAUGGAAGAGAGCGUGCGUCUCGGGCAGACAUGUUUUCGCUCUGUGGAAGUUUAGUAGUCGCGCGCCCGCUCUCUUAAAAAAACUCAUCUUUGCAUUUGUCGAUCAUCUUCCUCUCACCGAACUCUGCAGGGGGGCUUCAUGCGACACGGGGAAAUGGCCAGCGAGAGGAAACCGCGACUCUGUGUCAUGGCGAAAGCAGACAACGGGUAUGGAUUUCACUUGCAUGGCGAAAAGGGAAAGAGUGGACAGUUCAUCCGCAAAGUGGAGCCUGGCUCCUCUGCAGAAGCGUCGGGACUGCGCGCGGGGGACCGACUAGUUGCGGUGAAUGGGACCAACGUUGAACGAGAGACACACCAUCAGGUGGUCCAGAGAAUCAAAGCCGUAGACCAGGAGACAAGGUUACUGGUGGUGGACAACGAGACACAUGAAAGUCUGCGAAGCCUGCGACUCACAGCCACGGAGGAGAUGGCCGUUCUCGGGAAGGGCCCUCGCUCUUCAUCUUCCCCGACACCAUCGCCCUCUCCCUCCCCGUCCUCGGUCCCAUCGUCCCCCGGCAAGAAGCGGGAGAACGGCUCGGUGUCCAAGCAGCCGGUCUCGCUGAGCAGCCCAGUGCAGAAGCCCUCCAGGAGGGCACCGUCAAAAGCCGCAAGAAAGGAGGCUCUCGCUCAGGCCGAAACUCACACCAAGGCGCAGUCCCAGCCGCGGCUGCAGGUCAACCCGUCCGAGCUCGCUCCACGUCUGUGCCACCUGGUGCGAUCUGAGAUGGGCUACGGCUUCAACCUCCACAGCGAUCGAUCGCGACCUGGACAGUACAUCCGCUCUCUGGACCCGGGCUCCCCUGCAGACCACGCUGGGCUGCGGCCGCAGGACAGACUCAUUGAGGUAAAUGGCAUGAACAUUGAGGGCAUGCGACAUGCAGAGGUAGUGGCCUUCAUAAAGAAAGGAGGGGACGAGACCUGGCUGCUGGUGGUGGAUAUGGACGCAGAUGAGUACUUCAAGAAGAGGGGGAUUAUCCCCACAGUCAGUCAUAUUAAAGACUAUGAUGGGCCGUCAAUAUCCAAUGGCUCUCCCAGCCCUCAGAUCAACGGCAGCUCCACCACACAGUCCAUCAGGUCCACACGCUCUGACCUCAGCAGCCAGGGCAACAGCACACAGCUGGCAGACGACGAGUGCAGCCAGCUGUUGGACCCAUUCGCUGAGAUGGGCCUGAGCCUAAGCGCCACAGCAGCAGAGGAAAAGAUGAAGGCGCAAGCCAAAGCAAAGAAGAAGGCACCACAGAUGGACUGGAUGAGGAAAUACGAACUCUUCAGUAAUUUCUGAGUCAUUCCUCUUUGAGGAUACUUCAAAGACCAGAGGACAGAGCGCUUUCCCUUCCAACUGCGCAGAUCAUGUUUUUCUUAGAGAAAGAAGGAAAAAAGAAGAUCUUCUCUUCCUAUAAUUAAAACAUCUAACCCUCAUCAAAGUGCAACUUGCAAAUCUAGACUUUGAUAAACUCAAAAUGAAAAAAAAAAGAAAAAAAAAAAAUGAAGGAUCAGCUUCGCAGAUGUGUACUUGUAUCAAGUGGAAGCACUGUCUCUAACUUCUCAUGAAUCCCUGUUGCUUUUUCUCUUCUUCUCUAAUCACGCUGCCUCCUCCCAGAGAACAGGGGGAGGCAGCUAUUUUUUAUAUUUAAAAGUAUAAACAACCACAAAUGAACGCCGUGGACUUUAUUUUGGAACACUUUUGUGGACACUGUGACAUUAAUGAUUGUGAACGCGUCGGACGUUUUGGGCCCAUCAGUCAGCGGGAUACCAAACAUGGCAGAAGAUCACUGUGAACGAGUUCGAGGCGCUCUCCGUGUACUCUACAUGUAUUUGUACUCUUACGUAGACAAUAGUGAAAUGCACCAGCGAAUCCCCGUCAGAUUAGCCCACGCUUUAAUCAGAGAGGAUCUACAUUAGUUUGUCAUUUAUCAAUCAGUUGUUAUCAACACUAACCUCUUUUUCCGUAAAAACGUUCUGCUCUGGUGCACGUGUGCAUCACAAAGGUAAGCACCACUAACAUGGGGUUCAGUUGCUUGAUGAAUGUUAUAUGUACAGCAGAGGGCACACUUACACCACAAACAUGGAUUACAAAUGUUUUGGCACUAGAGUAGGAGUUUCCUCAGAUGUAACUUUAUUGUCUCACAAUGUCCCUCACAACAAAUGAACAAAAUAAAUAUGUUAAUACAAAAAUCUAAUGAUUUAUUCCCUGUGGGAUAACUCAGGACGAAUGUGAAGGGAAGAACAAUAAGCCCAACAUUCAGGUGUAAUGUUGAGGUCACUUUCAGUUACUGUUUGAUUGAUAUUUCACUUUUAACUGUGACGCGAAAGCAGGCUGAUAAACGGAAAGGUCGACAGCCGGUAGGAUUGCACGACCACAUAUUUUAAGGCUACGGCAGCCAACGUUAAGUCAGUAUUAGACAUUGUACAAUAAAAAUAAAUUGGGUGAACUUAAAAUCAAUUUUCUCAGGACAUGAAAAGUAUAAAAGUACGUGUGUUCUCUGGCUUUGUUUGGUUUUUACCUCUUUCUGUUCAUGAAGGUCAAGCAGAGGGAUUUCACUGAUGUGGAAGUGUCAUGGAGGUGUGUUUCUACUUAAAGGGACAGUCCAACAUUUUGGGAACGACACUUUCAGGCAGGGUUAUGUAUGUAUGUAGAUUGAAAUGUAUGGCAAAUGUGAAAGUAGCAGCAUGUUAGCUUAGCUUGGAAAUUAGGGAGAAACCACCAGCACCAGCAAUCCGCCUACUACACGGUGUGGUGUGUUUAGAACAAUGCUGAACGACGGGUGCGUCAAUUUUUCCAAUUGGCACCAGCUUGGAAAUAUAAAUGCAAAUUGUAUGCAGAUGUAACAGUAUUAGCGCUACGCUAAGCUAACUCACUGCUUUCUGUUUCGCUUUAGUGUACACAGUUGACAGUGGCUUCCAUUCUCUCAAGAAUAAGCACAUUUUGCCAAAAUCAGUCAGACCAUAUCCAACCUACAGAACAUCCCAGAGGAAAUGUCAUUAAAAUCUGUCCUAAAUUGUGCUGCUCACAAAAAAAAAAACAGACAAAUGCGGCCAAAAAUAUAAUCUCCUAGGCAGAGGUAUAAGGGACGGGAAAGAAAACGGAAAUAUGAAGUGUUUUAGGAUGAAGGCAAUGUGAGGUCAGAGAUGCUCUGGAAGUGAAAGAGAUGGAGCUUACUGAGGAUUAUGACAUAAAGAGACAGCUGUCUUAUGCUCACACACAUUUGGGUCUCGAUGUACAGUAUGUGUCCAUGCUGAAACAGAAGCAAUGUUGAUAUGUGUAACAGGCAGGGGGUGCAAAGGUAGAAAGGUAAUCUUUGUGGACAACCUUUGUCACGCUAUCCUGGCACCGGUGAAUCUUGUCCUUGUCCUUGUCUCAUCUGUGAACACGUAUAGGGUUCACUUUAUGUUGUGACAGUCACAGCAAAUUGAUGUAACCAAGAUGCACAUGUAUAUAGAGUAAAACCAUAUGGCAGGUUGCAUUUUAUUUCAAUAAAGUGUGACAAUUGCA